UCAAAGCGCCUUCCGGAGGCCGCCGAACUGCGCUUUCCUCCCAGUCUGUCGCUUUCGAAGUACCCUGAGCGAGGUUCAGGGAGGCCGCCGCCACUGGAGGGGCAUUUUUCUGUGGCUCUGACGCCUCCCGGUGCCCAGCUACUUCGGCCCUUGCCCUUUGACCCUGCUUGCGGCGGGGUGAGAGGUCGGUGGCCAUCUUGUGGCGGCGGCGCGGGCGGCUGUUACUGCGGAGACCCAUCCCCUCCCCCUCCUUACCCCCUGGCCGUCUGUCAGUCAGUAAAGAGCCCCGCAGGCAGUCAGGUGAGGCCCCGGCCUCGUGCCGUCACUCUUCCCGCCGCACUGGGCGGCCCAGGCCGCUCCCUGCAGGGCCCCACCGCCGCCACCAUGUCCUCCUUCUCCGAGUCGGCGUUGGAGAAGAAGCUCUCGGAGCUGAGCAACUCUCAACAGAGCGUGCAGACCCUGUCCCUGUGGCUCAUCCACCACCGCAAGCACGCGGGACCCAUCGUCUCUGUGUGGCACCGCGAGCUCCGCAAAGCCAAAUCAAAUAGAAAGCUUACUUUUCUGUACUUAGCCAAUGAUGUCAUCCAAAACAGUAAAAGGAAAGGACCUGAAUUCACUAGAGAAUUUGAAUCUGUCCUUGUGGAUGCUUUUUCUCAUGUUGCCAGAGAGGCAGAUGAAGGCUGUAAAAAACCUUUAGAAAGAUUGCUGAACAUCUGGCAAGAAAGAAGUGUGUAUGGCGGCGAGUUCAUACAGCAGCUGAAGCUGUCUAUGGAGGACUCCAAGAGCCCUCCCCCCAAAGCAACAGAGGAGAAGAAAUCUCUGAAGCGAACUUUUCAGCAGAUACAAGAGGAGGAGGAUGAUGACUACCCUGGAAGCUACUCUCCCCAAGAUCCUUCUGCAGGACCCCUCUUGACUGAAGAACUGAUCAAAGCUUUGCAGGACCUGGAAAAUGCUGCAUCAGGCGAUGCUACUGUCCGGCAGAAGAUUGCUUCUUUGCCCCAGGAAGUGCAAGAUGUUUCUCUGUUGGAAAAAAUAACAGGUGAGAAGGUAGAGUUUGGAUGAAGGGUGAGGGAAGAGGGACCCAUUUCUCUAAUUCAUCAAACCCUAGGACAUGCUUACGUUUGCAGAUACAGACGACUUCUAUGUGGUAUUGGGUUUUGCAAACAGUGAAGCUGUUGAAACAGUCCAUGCUUGAAUAGUGAUUCUAGGAACUGGAGAAAGGCUGGCAUGCCACAACCUGUGGCACUCUUACGUGAGAUCUGCUGAAAACACAAGGCAAAUUGCGUAUGUGAUAUUGGGGGGGCAAGAGAGAAGACGUUAAAUUCAUGAUCCUCUUACUAAAAAAAAUUCAGGGCUCUGUGAUUUAUACCCUGCACACAGACACACCCCAUAGAUGAUAGUGCCUUUAAUGCCAAGAACGCCAGGUGUAUAUUGUUAGUCAUGUCAUUUUGCCCUCUUGAUGCUCACCCCCAGUUAAACAGGGAGGGACACGUAACAUUAUUCCCGCUUUAUGCAUGGGAAAUUGAAAGGAAGGAGUGAAGC